CUCCACUGCAGCAGCACGAGAAGAAGAAGAAGAUCGUCUCCAUUUUUCGUCGGUUUGUUGCAUCUAUCGACGACCUACUCGUGAAAAACACCAGAAUAUUGAUACUGAGCUGGAUAAACAAAUAGGAUUGAGACUGCAGCCAUGUGGGAUGGACCAGGGCCCAGGCAGGGACCACGGGGAGGACCACCCUUUCGUGGAGAUCAUCGUGGAGAAGCGUUUGGGGGCAGAGAUCGUCCCAUGCCUGAUUAUAGAGGUAGAGAUGGGAUGAAUAUGGGUCCCAUGGGUCAUAUGGGUCAUAUGGGCCAAAGACCUCUUGACCUACCAUCUAUGGACAUGAGGAGGAUGGAUGCACCACCUAUGAGGGGCCGUGAUGUGGAUCCACGUGAUAUGCUAGGUAGAGAACCUAACAGGGAUUUCUUCAGACCUGAAGAUGAACCAGAUUUCAACCUCAGAAGGCAUUUUGAAGGUUCUAUCAGAGAAAAACUGAUACACUCCUCAGGGUCACCAGGACCAGGCAGGAACUCAGCAGACAUGACAGCAAGGGGUAUGCCACCACGGGAUCCUAACAGUAAAUUUAUGGACAUGAGAGACAGAGAGCCAUUUCAAUACAACAUGCCACAUUUCAAUAAUCCCAAUGUUGAUGGAAGAAGAGGGUUUCCUAUGGAUCGAUCAGAGCGAAAUGAUGGAUUAAGGGACAUGCGUGACCGGCCCCCGAUAGGCCCUGGUGACAGAGAUCGUUUUGAUAUGGACUUAACUCCACGUGAAAGGAGAGUUAUGGACUCUGACAGAAGAGGAGGGACAGCUUUAAAUUCAAGAGGCGGAUUUAAUUCUGAUAUGGAUUUCAGAAAUCGUCCUGAACAGUCAUCUGAAUUUAGGGGUAGAGAUCGGUCACCCAUAAGAUUUGGAAACAAUGAUGUCCCCCCAGUGGAGAGGGCAAGGUCAGAUAUGCCUGCAGACAUGUCUGGCCCUCAAAGAGCACAGUUUAUGGGUGGGCCAGAAUCACUAAGACAGAGAGUCUAUCAAGAGUCUAGUAGCAGUCCCCUAAUGGAUUAUCGGAGUGGUGAAGAGAUGACUCUUGCGGAAGAAUGGAAGAGUCGCCAGUGUGACAAAAAACCAUUCGUUGCCCCGGUCAAAGGUAGGGGAGCUUUACCUGAACCCAGCUUCCCUGUAGGGUUUGACAGAGAUGCUGCUGUUAGGGAUUCACAACAUUUUCAGGAGAGGGAACGACCAUCUACUGAAUUCCAGAGGAAAGAUCUUGGCUUUCCUCGUGGUGACCACUUUCCUGCAGUUGACCUACCACCAAUUGGCAGGAAAGGUCCACAAGACAUUCAACCUCCAGUAAUAAGCCUGUUUACUGGCCCUCUUGGAAGAGAAAAGGAAAGUAAGCAUUGGCAUGGAGAAAGGGAGGCUAAUCGCAGUCAAGAUAAAUCGCAUCGUGAUGAAAGACCCCCUUACCAUCAAGACAAGACUCUGCCAACACAUGAGAGCCAGCAGCCAAAUGAUUCUUUUAAAGGGUUGAAGGAAAGUCAAGGUCCCGUCAGGGGUGCGAUUGGACUGGCCCAUGAUUUCCAAAGCAGCAGCACUGUACAAACCAAGGAUCAAGACUACAGGGACAUCGAUUACAGAACAGGGUCCGGGAGACCUUUUGAUUUCAAAUGUGAGGAGCUUCCACCGCCAGAGAAACUCAUCAUCGAGUCUAAACCAAUUGUACCUUCAAAGUUUAGUGAAUCUGUCUCUCAGGAUCAGGAUUACAGGAGUGCAUCCGUGAAGGACAAAGUUUCCAAUACAAUAUCUGUAAUUGGUAUUCCAAAGACUGCCACAAUGGAGCAGAUUCUUGGGGCUUUCGCGAUCCGUGAUGGUGUUCCAAUGCAGGGGAUGAAAAUCAAAAAUGUGGUGCCGGGUUACAGCUACGAUACGGCCUAUGUGGAGUUUUUAAACCUCGAGGAUGCAGUCCACUUCAUGGAGUCCAACAAGGGGUCCCUAAAGGUUGGCACUAGAACGGCUGCCAUGAAAUUCAUUCAGCCAGACGAGCGUGAAAGAGGUGUCCAUGAAUCAGACCAAAAACUAACCCAACACCAGGAGCCCCAGUUACCCAGACCAGAUGAACCUUCAGAAGAUUUGGACACUAACCUAAAUGGGACCAAACUCAAAGGUCCUAUGGAUCCAAUGUCCCACAGCCUGUGGCAGCGCAACUCUGACCUGACCCCUGAGGCCUGGCAGCAGCAGGUUGACCAGCAACUCCGACAGCAAGAGAUGGAGCUGCAGGCAGAGUCCUUGGGCAACCGCGGCCCUCCUCAUAACGGCUCUCGACCUGAGUCAGUAUUUAAAGACAGUAAAACUAUGAUUAUAAAGAAUGUGAAGCCCAACACGACAGUAGAGACUAUCCUGAAAGCCUUGGAUCCCUUUGCUUAUCUGGAUGAGAGAAAUGUCAGACUAGUGAAGGCCAAGCCACCUGGAGCCAAGUGCUUCUGCUUUGUUGACAUGGACUCCCAUGAGCAAGUGACACGUCUGGUUGAGCUCCUCACUAAACCCAGACCCCUUUACGUUGAUGGAGUCCGAGUUUAUGCUGAGGUGGCAAAACCACUGAAGAACCAAAAUUUUAGAAAAGAUUUUGAUAAACCAAACAGUUCCAUCCUUGGCUUUGCACCUGAGCCCGGCAUGAUGGGGCAGCUGCCAUUCCCGCCACCUCCACAGUACUUGCAUCCUCAACAGCCGCCUCCUACUGCUCCCCCAGUUGGAAUCCACGGUGAUAUGUUAAUCGGCACUAAUCUGCCUUCAGCUCCCAGCAUAAGUCAGGGAGUUGGCUACUGUGAGCCCCAAACUGUGGAUCCUUCAUUUCUUACUGGUGGAGCUCACGUGCCCACAGAAGCUGCUGGUGUGAUGAGGGCUGCUGCAGACGGAUCUCAGCCCUCUGGCUCUGAGGUUCCAGACACGGCCAACUACUUGUAUGAUGCUACAUCAGGCUUCUACUACGAUCCUGAGACAACGUUGUACUAUGAUCCCAACUCUAGGUAUUUCUACAAUGCUCAAACCCAGGAGUACAUGUACUGGGAUAUGGUGACAAAAGCGUACAUCCCAGUUCCGGGGGAGACCCCAGCUGAGACCCAGCCUGCGGCCAUGACUGCUGAAGACCAGGCCAUUCUUGCAAACCCAGCAGCUGAUGCUCCUCUGGAAAUGAAGAAACCAUCAGAGUUGUCAGAUACAGAAGGAGUUGAGAUGUCUGAAUCAGAUUCUGUCCCCACUUCUGUAUCAACUCCUGAGAAGAAAGAUGAAGAGGACGCUGCUAAAAAGGACAAAGAGGACAAGCCAAGAAGUCUCGCUGCUGUCAAGAUCAUGAAAGAUAUGGAGAGAUGGGCAAAGAUCCAAAAUCGGCAAAAAGACUGUGUCCGUUCCCCAUCACCGCUGCUGAGGACUGGACUGGACGAUGAUAGGAGGCAGUCAAAGACAGCUGAUUGCGGUUUUGCUAUCUUUGAAAGAAAGAUAUCCGGUGGAGAUGAUCUAUUUAAAAAGCCCCUCGCUCCCCUUAAGAAAGAUGAAAAGUCAAAGCGUCCAAUGGGUUCCCUGGGUCUGCUGGCGUCGGACUAUGCAGCUGGAAGCGAUGAAGAAGUGGAAGAGGACAAGGAGGAGGCAGCUAAAGGGAGUCAAGGCGGCCGCGGCCAGUCUGACGACAAGGAGGACAAACUGACUGACUGGAAGAAGAUGGCCUGCCUGCUCUGUAGGAGACAGUUCCCCAACAAGGACGCUCUGCUCCGCCACCAGCAGCUUUCUGACCUGCACAAACAAAAUAUGGAGAUCCAUCUUAAGAUCAAGAGGUCAAAGAAGGAGUUAGAGGCACUAGAACACCAGGAAAAGCAAGUAAGCCAACAAGUAAGCCAACAAGUAAGCCAACAAGUAAGCAAACAAUUGAGUGUCAAAGAAACCGUCAGAGCACCAGUACCGAAAAGAAAGAAACACCACCAGCAGCAGCAGCACCACGGUAACUGGGCUGGAAGCUCGAGGGAGAUGAAUAAAGUCAGCGAGAGGCCUGGUUUAGGAUCUGAACCCGUCCCGCCGAGGAAAAAGAAGGAGACUGCUGCUUGGGACCACGCCACCUACAAACAAGCAGUACGGAAAGCCAUGUUCGCCCGGUUCAAGGAACUCGACUGAUCUCAUCUGAGCACCUCCCUGCUUUGAUAUGUGAAAUAUUAAAGACACGCUCGUCCACCUCAGCAUGAGAAAUCCAUUUGACUUUGCUGUUCCCCGCCCGCAGAGCCACAGAUUUCUGCACUGAGAUUAAGUGACUAAUGAUGUGGUUAGGGAAAAGUAAAAAAUAAGAAUUAAUUGACAUUAUCAUCGAUGGAUGUUGUACAGAAAUUUAUUCCUGUUAAUUUGAGUAUUAUUCACGUAUGUGGCCUGAAUGUGAAACGUGUAUUUUUUUUUUUAAAUUAGGCUCUCACACUGGCCACAGUCACUUUUUGUUUUAUAUCUGAAUGAUUUUUACAUUGUCAUCAUGGGUUGUAAUUGCCCCUACAUGUUCAUAUUUUUAAGUAUAAAAAGUUAUUAAUAACA